AUGGAUGGUGCCUUUGAUGACGAGGUUGAGCAAACUGUUACUAUUGAUGAAUAUCUCAACAACAUUGAAGCUGAGGAAUUGAAUGCGGAUUUGGUUUUGGGUGGAGACGAGGGAAAGGAGUGCACUUAUAACAUGGGAUACAUGAAGAGACAGGCUAUUUUCUCAUGUCUGACUUGCACUCCGGAUGGAAAUGCUGGAGUUUGCACUGCUUGUAGUUUGUCUUGCCAUGAUGGCCAUGAGAUUGUGGAGUUAUGGACCAAGAGAAAUUUUCGGUGUGAUUGUGGGAAUUCAAAAUUCGGGGAGUUCUUCUGCAAGCUUUUCCCGAAGAAAGAUGUGGAAAAUGCUGAAAAUUCGUAUAAUCAUAAUUUCAAAGGUUUAUACUGCUCUUGUGGUCAGCCCUAUCCUGAUCCAGAUGCUGAGGCACAAGAAGAGAUGAUACAGUGCAUUAUGUGCGAAGACUGGUUCCAUGAGGAGCAUCUUUGUCUAGAGUCCUCCAAUGAGAUUCCGAGGGAUGAGGAAGGAGAGCCUCUGUAUGAGGAUUUUAUAUGCAAGACAUGCUCGACAGUUUGUUCUUUUCUGACACUAUAUCCUCAGACAAUUUGGGCAGCUGGGAGGCAGAAAGGUGAUGCCACUGCUAGUAAUGCUAAGGAUAAGGAUGUGUUGGAAGACGUCCCUUCAGCUUGUGGUUCUGGGAAGCUGGAGAAUGAUAUUUGUGCUGAUCAUUCUUCUGAAAAGGAUAAUACAACAGCUAAUGCUAAUUGUCAAUCUGUGGCUGCUGGAAAUGCAUCUGUUGUUGGAGAAAGUUCUGGGAAGAAUAGUGGGUCAAACGAAUCAAACCAAUGCAUAAAAGAUACCCAUCUUCAUAAUAUGUGUGUUCUUGGAAUUGAUGUGGAAGUUACUUCACCUGUUUCAGAAGGAAAACCAUUGUUUCUUUCGAAAAACUGGAGGGACAUCCUGUGCAGAUGUGAAAAAUGCUUGGAUAUGUACAACCAGAAGCAAAUAAGUUAUCUUCUUGACAGGGAGGACACAAUUGCUGAGUAUGAGAAAAUGGCGAAGCAGAAGAGGGAAGAAAAAUUGCAGCAACAGGAGGGUGCUGAGUUGAGCUUCUUGGAUAAACUUGGUCAUGUAGAGAAGGUGGAGAUUCUGAAUGGUAUUGCAGACUUUAAGGAUGAGUUCCGUUCCUUUUUGGAGUCAUUUGAUACAUCAAAGACAAUCACAUCUUCUGAUGUCCACCAGAUUUUUGAAAAUCUUGCAAAGAAGCGCCGGCGAAUGCAGUGA